AGAUUGAAAGACGGAGAGAAGAUAAGGUGGAAGAGAGAGAUAGAAAGAUUAUGAACGCUGCUAGUGGCUAUACUGUAUUAGAAGAAAAUUUGCUUAGAUGUUUAUCGUGUUCGUAGAACUGUUGUCAUUAGGAAUACGAUAAAGUCAAGGUGUGGAAUCGAUAAAUUUACGGAUAUUUUUAUUUGAUUGCGAUGGCGAGAGGUUGGCGUCAAGAAUGUGGUAACAGGAGUGGGAGAUUGUAGUAAAAACAAUGCUGGAUCGCUAGGCAAUUCUACGUUGUUUAGGAACAAAGGUACCAUAAGAACAGCAUAAGAUAGCUUAUAUAUUACAGUAUUUUUAACAUGGAUGAUGAAGAAGGAUCGUCAAGCUCUGGACCUAUGUCUUCGUUGAACAGUUUAUUUUCGUUUACUAGUCCCGCUGUAAAAAAGUUGCUCGGUUGGAAACAGGGCGACGAAGAGGAAAAAUGGGCGGAAAAGGCAGUGGAUUCGUUAGUAAAAAAGUUAAAAAAACGAAAAGGUGCAAUAGAAGAAUUAGAACAUGCUUUAAGUUGUCCAGGCACACCUAGCAAAUGUGUAACGAUUCCAAGAAGUUUAGAUGGUAGACUGCAAGUUUCACAUCGUAAGGGUUUACCACAUGUAAUUUAUUGUCGAGUAUGGAGAUGGCCAGAUUUGCAGUCACACCACGAAUUGAAACCAUUGGAGUUGUGUCAGUACCCUUUCUCUGCAAAACAAAAAGAAGUUUGCAUUAAUCCGUACCAUUAUAAAAGAGUGGAGAGUCCAGUACUACCACCAGUUUUGGUUCCUAGGCAUUCAGAAUAUGCUCCAGGACAUUCGUUGUUACCAUUUCAACAAAUAGCGGAACCAACAAUGCCGCAUAACGUAUCUUAUUCUUCCAGUGGAUUCAAUGCUGGAUCCACUGGUGGUGUAAAUCCAACUUCGCCUAUGUCUUCUGUUGGAUCUGUUCCAAGUCCAGGAAGUACAACAUCGCCAAAUCCGCAAAGUCCUUAUGGUACUAAUGGAUUGCCGGAAACUCCACCUCCGGCGUAUUCUCCACCCGAAGAUGGUUCGCAACCUGGACAGUCGCCACCACCUGAUCCAGUAGCAAUGGAUACAAGCGGAACAUCCGAAGUAGCUCCAGUGUGUUACCAAGAACCGCCUUAUUGGGCUUCUAUCGCGUAUUACGAAUUAAAUUGUAGAGUGGGUGAAGUUUUUCAUUGCCAUUCUCACUCUGUUAUCGUAGAUGGUUUCACAAAUCCAAGCAACAACUCUGACCGUUUUUGUCUUGGACAGUUGUCUAAUGUUAAUCGAAAUUCUACUAUUGAAAACACAAGAAGGCAUAUAGGCAAAGGAGUACAUCUGUAUUAUGUAGGCGGCGAAGUGUACGCGGAAUGCCUCUCCGAUUCUGCUAUAUUUGUGCAAUCUAGAAAUUGUAAUCAUCAUCAUGGGUUUCAUCCUAGUACAGUUUGUAAGAUUCCACCGGGAUGUUCAUUGAAGAUAUUUAAUAACCAAGAAUUUGCCCAACUACUGUCGCAAAGCGUGAAUCACGGUUUUGAAGCUGUCUAUGAAUUAACGAAAAUGUGUACUAUAAGAAUGUCCUUUGUUAAAGGAUGGGGUGCGGAGUAUCAUCGUCAAGACGUUACGUCGACUCCGUGCUGGAUCGAGGCACACUUACACGGACCCUUACAGUGGUUGGAUAAAGUGUUGACGCAAAUGGGUUCUCCUCAUAAUGCUAUAAGUUCUGUGUCAUAAUUUGUGUUUCGUGUUUAAUUGCAAGGAGAAAAAAAAAAUAGUGAAAUGUAGAAAAAAACCUGAUGAUUCAAGAGCAGUUUUUAAUAUUAUAUAGUGCGAUAUUAAUGUAGACAUUAUGAGAAAUUUAAGGAAAAGUAAUAAGAGUGGUAAGGGAAGGAAUGCUGUCGCGAUGCGAGACUUACCUUACGGUAAGUAACAGAGAAA